CAUGAUUCCUAACCUAAAUUCUGAAUUACCUGGUAACCUGUCAAACUUCUCUCUUAAAAGUGGCACUAGUAUUAGUUUAUUUUAUCAUAUCAACUCUCAUUUUCUGGCUCACAGAUUUCACAGCAUCUUAUCAAAAGGAAACGAACAAUGCCUUCCAAUAGCGUAGACGGUCUUCUAUGUUACAACAAGGGCUGCGGUAACAGAUUUGAUCCAAAUGCAAAUACUGAAGACUCCUGCCAAUAUCAUCCAGGUGCUCCUAUUUUUCAUGAUGCCUAUAAAAGUUGGUCUUGUUGCAAGAAGAAAAGCACUGAUUUCACGGAAUUUUUGAAUACGAAGGGCUGCACUAGAGGCAAGCAUAAUCCAGAGAAACCUGCAGAACCAGAACGUAGAAAAGUUGACAAAUCAACAGAUGAUGAAAUGCUCGAGGUGAAACCUCGGCCUCCAGUGGCUAAACCUCUAGAAAGACCUGCUGACAAUGUGCCAAGGGUAAAAAUUGAGGCUGAAAUCGCACCAUCAUUACAAGAACUAAUGAAAAAUUUGAAGCUGAAUCAGAAAGAUAAGGUAGAAACUGAAAAGUCAGGUGUUGUUCCCAUUGGCACAGCUUGCAAAAACGGUGGUUGCAAACAGUUUUACCAAGGAAAUGAAGAUGACCAGUCAGUUUGUGAACACCAUCCAGGCACUCCAGUUUUUCAUGAAGGAUUAAAGUACUGGUCCUGUUGUAAACGGAAAACUACGGAUUUUGAUGUUUUUCUCAGUCAAAAAGGCUGCACUGAAGGAGAACAUCUUUGGCUGAAGAGUGAGAGCUCUGCAAAGAACAAAGAUUUAAGAAUCGAUUGGCACCAAACACCAUCAACAGUGACAGUUGCCAUUUAUGCAAAGAACUAUGAUCCAAAUGUUACUUGCGUAUACUUAACACCAGUCAGAAUGGAUUUAGAUGUAUUUUUUCCUGCGGAUGAUUUCACUUACAAAAAAGAAAUUGAGCUGGGAGGGGUCAUCAGCGUGCCGAAAAGCACAGCCAAAUUUUUACCGUCCAAAAUAGAAGUCACUUUAGUCAAAGCUCAGAUAGGCGGUUGGCCGGAUUUAUAUUAUCAUGGGUCGAAAAAGAAAGCAGCUCCUCAGAAAGAAGAAACUCCAGAAAAAGAACCCUCCAAUGUCACUUCCACUGAUGACGAUAUUGUUGAUCUCAGUGAUUUGUAGGCCACAGUUUCAAAUAUUUCCUGGAGCAAGCUCCCAGUGUCAGAAUCCUUAAUGUGUGAGUUGAAAAAUAUUUUCUAAUACCUUGAUGUGAGUGCUAAAAACAAAUUUCAUCAAUAAAACUCAAAGAGAUUUCAACAUUGAUUUAAAAAAGUUUUGAAAUAGGAUUUUAUGACUGCUUUGUGAUCAAUUAACUUGAUUAGUAACUUGAUUAGUUUAAUCUAAACUCAAGCUCAACAAAGUGAUUCCUCUCAUCUUACAAGGUGAAUAUUCCUAUAUCAUGGAAUUGCACAAUAUGCUGGAAACAUUUUAUUAAAGUUUUUUAUCUUUUUUACUUUUAUAUAAAUUUACAAAAAUAGUUUGCACAUACAUUCAGAAUGAAUUAUAACUUUUGUCAUAAAUAGUUGGUCCUUUAACAAAUUUCUUCCACCAAAAAGUUUGAAGGAAAGAUGAGAUGUUCAAAUCGAUGUCCUUACCUUCAUUGAUUUGAAUCUUUUGGACCCGUUUGGAAUGUAUCCUUGGUUUUAUAAAGUAAAAAAUGGGAGCUUGUUUUAGAAAAAUCAGCACUGUGACUUUGUACAAAAAUAUUCUCAAUUACGUAAAUACUGGCCACUGAUAAUUAGUAGCAGUAAAAUGGAAUUGGAACACCCCGCACUAUCAAGAAACAGUUACAACUGUAAUGGUGAACAAAUUUGAACUUCAAAUAUAUUUAACAUUAGUAUGUUCAAUAUCGGUGCACAGUUGAAGUCAUGAAAGAAAUUGUCCCGUACUCGAUUUUUUAAGGAAGACAUUUUUUGUAGCACAUGUUUUUCAACCUUAAUAAUAUAAUGUUUAAAAGCAGUACAACUUAUUUUUUGCUGGAAUAAAGUUUCCCGGUGAUUCGAUAA